UCAGCUAUUCUGGUACGAGCCGAUACCGAACCGCGCACACGACAAUUGCCAGGUCGAGUGAACGUUGCGUUGCGCACGACGACAGCAGCUCCACCAGUCGCCAACCCCUUCUCGGGACGCUCCAUUCCGCUCCGUUCCGCUCCUAUUGUCCGUGACAUCCCUCGGUCUUCCUGUCGCACUCCCCUCGAUGACCGCCGCCUCGCGUCCGUGAACCGCCUUCUCGGCCUCGCCUGCUCCUGCCCGCAAUGGCGCCAACACAAUCGAAGCCGGUUGCCCUGGGCAGCAGCGCCGUCGCGCGCGCUCGCACCAUCCGCGGCAUCGUCUCGCAGCUGACGACCAUGUACCUGCGCAAUCGCACCAAGAUCUCGCGCGCCGUGUCCAUUACUCUGCUGGUGGCGCUCGUCCAGCGCAUACGGCACUCCAUCGCCGAACAGAAAGCCGUCGCCGCCCGCGAGGAGGCAAAGAAAGCAGCCAAGGUCGGCAGCACAUCGGCAGCCGAGGAGGAUGAGGUGGAGGUGAAGAAGAAGAGGGUCGAGCUCAACCGCGAGUUCUUCCGCCAGCUGAUGCGCCUGCUGCGGAUCCUCGUUCCAGGGUGGCGGACCAAGGAGAUGCGGCUCCUCAUCACUCACAGCUUCUUCCUGGUCAUGCGGACCCUGAUCAGUCUGAAGGUGGCCGCCAUGGACGGCGCCAUCGUCAAGGCGCUGAUCAAGGGGAACGGGCGCGAGUUCUUGAUGCGCAUCGUGUGGUGGAUGCUGAUUGCGGUCCCGGCGACCUUCACCAAUUCGAUGCUCUCAUAUCACCAGGCUGAACUCGCGUUGAGAUACCGCACACGGCUGACCGAGUACAUCCACAACCAAUACCUGUCCAACUUGACCUUCUACGGCAUCUCGGCAUUGGACGACCGAAUAAAGAACCCGGACCAGCUGAUUGCCGUGGAUGUGGCCAGGUUCUCGAACAGCUUGGCCGAGUUGUUCAGCAACCUGGCGAAGCCUAUCCUGGAUAUGACGAUUUACACAAUCUCGCUGUCAAGGAGCGUUGGCGGGGAAGGCGUCGUGUUCAUGGGGCUCCUCGUCCAGCUCUCAGCACACGUCAUGCGAGCCUUGACGCCGCCGUUCGGCAAGUACGUGGCCGACGAAACGAGGUUGGAGGGCGAGUUCCGCUUCCAGCAUUCCAGGUUAAUCGACCACAGCGAGGAAGUCGCCCUCUAUGCCGGCCACGAGGCGGAGAAAGACACGCUCGACAAAGGCUAUUUCACCCUAAUCAAACACAUCAACCACAUCCUGCGGAUGCGCUUCUACCACGGCUUCAUGGAGGACUUCGUCGUCAAGUACUUCUGGGGCGCGCUGGGCCUGCUGCUCUGCAGUAUCCCCGUCUUCGUCAAGCUGCCGGGGCGCGUUGCCAUGAGCAUGGGCGACCGCACGGAAAGCUUCGUCGCCAACCGCAGACUGCUGCUCUCCGCGUCGGACGCCUUUGGCCGCAUCAUGUUCUCAUACAAAGAGAUCAUGGAGCUCGCCGGCUACACGUCGCGCGUCUCCUCCCUCCUCGAAGUCAUGGACGACAUCCAGGCGGGGCACUUCGAGAAGAAGCUCGUCUCGAGCUCGGGCACCGAAACAAACGCCAACGUGCUCAGGGGGCGCGGCAACGUAAUCGAAAGUAAAGACAUCCGCUUCGUCGACGUGCCCAUCAUCUCCCCCAACGGCGACGUGCUCGUUCCCGCGCUCUCCUUCUCCCUCUCGCAGGGCGACCACCUCCUGGUCGUCGGGCCCAACGGCUGCGGCAAGUCGUCCCUCUUCCGCAUCCUCGGCGGCCUCUGGCCCGUCUACGGCGGCACCGUGCACAAGCCGUCCUUCAGCGAGAUCUUCUACAUCCCGCAGCGGCCGUACCUCUCGCGCGGCACCCUCCGGCAGCAGAUCAUCUACCCGGACGGGCGGUCGGCGAUGCACGCCAAGCGCGUGACGGACGACGACCUGCUCGAUAUCCUGCGCAUCCUGCAGCUCGAGCACCUCGUCGAGCUCUACCCGGAGGGCUGGGACGCCGAGGCCGAGUGGCGCGACGUGCUCUCGGGCGGCCUGCAGCAGCGCGUCGCCAUGGCCCGCCUGUUCUACCACCGCCCGCACUACGCCAUCCUGGACGAGUGCACCAGCAGCGUCACGCUCGACACCGAGAAGGUCAUGUACGACACCGCCAAGGAGCUGGGCAUCACGCUCAUGACGGUCAGCCAUCGCCGCAGUCUGUGGAAGUACCAUACCCACAUCCUGCAGUUCGAUGGGCAGGGCCACUAUGUGUUUACGCGGCUGGAUGCUGAGAAGAGGCUGAAGCUGGAGGAGGAGAAGGAGGAUCUCGAGGUGCUGCUGAGGGCGGUGCCGGAGAUUGAGCGCCGGAUUGCUGAGUUGAGCUCUGCGUAGUUGUCAGUAAAGCCUAGGGGUGGAGGGAUGUCCGGUCUCUCGAUUAACCUUUGGAGAUGGGAAGAACUUAUUGAUCCCGAGUCGGACGACGGGGGAUUACAGUACUAGUAUAUAUCUGAUGAAGUAUGCGUAUAUGAGGAAGUUGGGUGUGCCAGGGGCUGUCAGUAUUUUGGCCAUUUACCAGGGACACGAGGAAGAGUUAUUAGCGGCUACCUUUCAGUGUAUCAUCACUGAUCUAGACAGCCGGUCGUGUACCAUCAUAGGUGUGAGGCGGUAGCUGGCACUGAGAUUCUAGGCAAGGUUUAUUAUAUAUAGCAAGCGCACUCGCGAAGAAUUAGCAUCAUUAGCGGUUUUAGAUCUACCUGUCCACUGGAUGUGGGUAGAGUUCUAUUGAGACAACCGAUCUCAGAUUCAAAGCGUGAAACCGAGUUGCGUCCAGCUGGCAUAACUACCUACCUACUUCAUAGAUCUG